AAAAAGAGUUUAGAAUUUGAACAAUAACUCAAAGUUGAAAUUUAGGGGUGAGUUUUUUGCUCAAAAAAAGGGUUGAGACAACGGAAUACAUUAGGCUCAUUUUUACACUUAUCCCAUAAUAAAAUAAACCCAAACUUUAUACUAUGCCUUCGGUAAACGACGACGAUGAACUCCACACUGACGAUGAAGGAUACGAUGACGAUGGCUUCAACGAGGAUUUGGAAGCCCUAAGGCGAGCCUGCACUUUAAGCGGCACAAAUCCCGACGAGUUCAACACUGAUUCUCCAGCACAGUUUGGAAAAUAUGACGACGGGGAAGAUGAAGAGGAAGAGGAAGAAGAAGAGGAUAACGAUGACGAUUUUGAACUGUUUAGGAAUAUAAAGAAUAAGUAUUCGAUACCUAUGAGCGUAAGUGAUAACUUUAGAGAACCAAUUUCUUUAGAGCCCUUAUGCGCCCUUCUUCCUGAUAAUGAUAAUGGUGACGAUGAGGACUUUGAGACUCUUUGCGCCGUGCGGCGGCGUUUUUCUGCUUAUGAGAGCAACGAUGCUUUGGGGAGAAGAACGGAGAAUCUUGCAGAGAAUCCAGAGGAUGUAUCCAAUGUUGCAUUAACGGAUAGAAGGGCUUGUAAAGUGUUUCCAGAUAUUGAAGAAGAUGAUCAUACGGCCAAUUCAUUAAAUGAUACUCAAGAGAUGCAACAAUCUGGAUUAAUAGUACACCAAACGUUGGAUGAGAAUAAUGAGUUGUUGUGUUUGGGGCUGCAAGAUUCUUCAAGUUUACCGAAGUCCGCGCAUGUAUUUCUUUAUGCCAUUAGGAGAAAUCGGUCUUAUCAGAAAUUUUUGCAAAGUAAGUUAGCUCAAAUUGAAGUAAGAAUUGAGGAGAACAAGAAAUUGAAGGAGCGUGUUAAGUUCUUAAGAGACUUUCAGGUAUCAUGUAGAAAAUUAACUGGCCGAGCAUUGGCACAAGGGAAGGAUCCUCGUAUUCAAUUGAUAUCAGCAAGGCGAAUAGUGAGCUCUAAAGAUUCAAAGAUUAAUGAUAAAAAAGUCUCUGCAGUGUAUGACGGCCCAGUGGAGAAUGCACAAGUUGUGAACUAUAGAGAAGCAUUCAAAGAUUAUCCUCUUACAUUGAAAAAUAAGAAAUGGACACAUGAAGAAAAGGAAAAUCUUAAAAAAGGAAUAAGGCAACAGUUUCAAGAAAUGGUGCUUCAGUUUUCUGUGGAUCAACUGAGUGGUUCAGAGGGAUCUCUUGGAUAUGUGACUGAUUGGGAUAAGAUUCUCCCGUCAAUCCGAGAUCUGGAAAUUACACCGGAAAGAUGUAGAGAGUUUCUUCCAAAGGUUAAUUGGGAUCAACUGGCUUCUUUGUAUGUUGUCAAUCGUACAUGCGCAGAAUGUGAAGCACAGUGGUUGAAUAGUGAAGAUCCAUUAGUCAAUCAUGGGAAAUGGACUCCUGAAGAGGAUAAGAAGUUAUUGUUUAUUGUCCAGAAAAAAAGGUUGACUAAUUGGUUUGAUAUCUCUGUUUCACUGGGGAGAAAUAGGACUCCAUUUCAGUGCUUGGCACGUUUCCAGAGGAGUUUACAUGCUGGAAUAAUUAGGAGUGAUUGGACGAAGGAAGAAGAUGCUCAACUUCACAUUGCUGUAGAAACUUUUGGUGAAAAUGAUUGGCAGGCUGUUGCUUCUAUUUUGAAAGGACGGACUGGCACUCAAUGCUCCAAUAGAUGGAAGAAAACAUUAGACCCAAGUAUUGUUAGAAAAGGCACAUGGACUUUGGAUGAGAGCAAACGCUUGAAAGUAGCUGUAAUGCUUUUUGGCCCAAAAAAUUGGAAUAAAAUUGCUCAGUUUGUGCCAGGCCGAACUGGGGCCAAAUGCAGAGAAAGAUGGGUUAAUUGUCUAGAUCCAUUUUUGAAAAAGACUGGGUGGACCGAAGAAGAGGAUUCAAGGUUAAAAGCAGCAGUUGAAGAAUGCGGACACAGCUGGGCGAAGGUUGCAAAGUAUCUCGUGCCACGAACGGAUAGCGAGUGUUCAAGGAGGUGGAAAACUUUAUUUCCCCAUGAAGUUUACUUGCUACAAGAAGCUAGAAAAACGCUCAAAGCUGCACUUAUAAGCAACUUUGUGGACCGUGAGUCUGAGCGGCCUGCACUUGGUCCUUGUGAUUUUGUUCCUUUACGAAUGAUAGAAUCAGCAUCUGAACCUAAAAACAUGAACAAAUCCAGGAAACCUAAAAGGAAAGCCAGCUCUUCAAAGAGGCACAGAUUUAAAGAAGGAUUGCAUGUGGAAGACCUGAGAAGAGACGAUGACACUGAGGUCAGUGAGAAUAUUAUUCAGUGUUAUGCCAAUGAUGGAACAUCAGGUGAAGAGAAUCAUAUGUUAUCUCUCGGUCAUCUGGAUCCAAAUGUCAUAGCAGUAACCAACAGUGAGCUGGAUGAUGCGGUUGGGCAGUGCCAGAUCAGUAAGUUACCUCUGCAAUCAGCUAAUUCUGUAUUGUCGAGUAAGGAUAACAAGGCUUGCAACGUAACAUCAAAAGUUAGAAGCAAUGAUUGUUCCACUUCCAAGACAAACAAUGAUGAGGAUAAUGUUACACUUGCUUCCUUUAUUGCUUCAGUUAGUCGUCGACGCAAAAGGUCAAAAGUUGGAAGCGAGUCUUAUUCGAACAACAAUGACGAUAAUGAUACACUUGUUUCCUUCCUUCAAAAUAAAUCAAAGAAGAAAACAAAAUUGUCGAAUUGUUAAUCAGAAUUUUGCAUGGCUACUGAGGUGCUUAGAGGUGAGAUUUUAUUGUUUUUUCUCUUAAUGAUUAUCUUUUAGGCCCUUUCUUUUUGUUUUUGCAUUCCCAGUUUUGUGAAUCUUAGUGAACAUAACCAGGCGUAGUCUACAAUUCCAUCUCUUGUUUAGAGAACAAUCUUGUGUAUCAUCCACAUUGUUAAUAUGAUUUCGAAGUUUUGGCUAAAAUGAAAUUGAUUUGUUUUA